AUGAAGACAGAGGCCGGUCACAAGGCGAUAGCAGCAGGUGGCAAGAUGACGGUGCUCCAUGCUCCAGUUGGAGUGAUGAGCAUCGUGACCUCCUUGGUGGCUUUCUUCAUCUUAGCCAGCUCCAUCGUCUUCCUCUUUGACAGAGGCCAGGAAGAGCAAGUGCAAAUGGCAGUAGAGCAUGGACGCCAAGAAGUGCAGGUGAAGCUGGAAGCUGGGCUCCAAGAACCAGCGAUCAGAGGGACAACUGAAGAGGGGGACGCCAGCAACGAGGAGUGCAACUGGUCAAGGGGGCGGUGGGUGUACGACAACGUGUCUCGGCCAUUGUACAACGGGCUCAAGUGUGCCUUCAUCUUCCCCGAGGUGGCCUGUGACAAAUAUGGCAGGAAGGAUGUCAUGUACCAGCACUGGAGAUGGCAGCCUCAUGGAUGCGACCUCCCAAGAUUCGAUGCCAUCAAGCUGCUUGAAAAGCUGAGGAACAAGAGAUUGGUGUUUGUGGGUGAUUCAGUCAACAGGAACCAAUGGGUCUCUCUCGUGUGCAUGGUGGAGGCCUCAAUACCCGAUGACAGGCUCAAGAUACGCAUCUUCAAUGGCUCACUCAUCUCCUUCAGGGCAUUGGAAUACAAUGCAACAAUAGAUUUCUACUGGUCACCACUACUGGUUGAGUCCAACAGCGACAACCCCAUUAUUCACCGGGUGGAGUACCGGAUCAUAAGGGCAGACAGAAUUGAGAAGCAUGCCAGUGUCUGGAGGGAUGCUGACAUCGUUGUCUUCAAUUCUUACCUGUGGUGGAGGAAGCAGAAGGAUGACAUGAGGAUGAAGGUCAUGUAUGGCUCAUUUGAAGAUGGUGAUGCAAAGUUAGACGAAAUGGAAAUGGUCGAUGGUUUCGAGAUAGCUCUCAAGAAACUAACCGAAUGGCUUGGAGAGAAUAUUGACAAGAGCAAGACUAGGAUCUUUUUUGCAGGAUCAUCACCAACACAUUCCUGGGCUAGCGACUGGGGUGGAGAAGACAAGAACAAAUGCUUUAACGAAACAGAGCCGAUCUACAAAACAGGAUACAAAGCUGCAACUACAGACUACAGCUUGAUGGCCACGGCUAAGUCCUAUUUCCGAACAUUGGAACCGAAAGGCAUACAUGUUCAGAUACUUAACAUCACCGAGCUGUCUGACUACCGGAAGGACGGGCAUCCGACGGUGUUCAGGAAGCAAUAUGUUCCUCUAACGAAAGAGCAAAUUGCUGACCCAGCCAGCUACGCGGAUUGCACGCAUUGGUGCCUCCCCGGAGUUCCUGAUGUCUGGAACGAGUUUUUGUAUGGCUAUCUUGUGCAAAAAUGA